UUUACGGCAUGUCAUAACUUUGUAACUCUCCAAUAAAAAAAAGCGGACGGACGCUCCUGUGGUCGUUUUUAACUUCCCUGUGCAAAUGCAGACACCGAGGGAGGGUGUUAGACUCCCCACUCAGAUCCUUUCCUGUAAAUGCCGAGAGCCAGAUGGCCUUUAAAGGUGGGGAAAAAGUGUUGUCUGGUGUGGGACGGCCUGUUUGCAGCUCUGCUGAAUGUCAUUGGAGGCCUCAGGGUGCAGCAGGUGUAACCUGAGAGGCUGCUGUCAGAGCACCUGGGAAGUGCGUGCCGCUCGCCCUCUUCCUGGUUCAGUCCAGUUUGGCGGCAAUGGCGACGACAACCAUUUCUAUUGAGCAGGACCAGUUCUGCUGUCCGGUGUGUCUGGAGGUUUUACGGGACCCCGCGACCAUCCCCUGUGGACACAGCUACUGUCUGGACUGCAUUGAAGACUACUGGAGCAAGACGAAGCACAGAGACCACUACAGCUGCCCUCAGUGUCGGCAGGAGUUCAGCCCGAAACCUCUCCUGAGGCGGAACACGGUUCUGGCUGAGGUGGUGGACAAGUUUCUGAGAAGCGAAGUUCAAGCCGCUGCUCAGCAUUUGUCCAGAUCUGAAGAGGUGAAAUGCGGCGUUUGCACGGGGAGGAAAGCCAGAGCUGUCAAAUCCUGCCUGACGUGCUUGGAGUCGUACUGUGAGGCUCACCUGAGAGCCCACGACGAGCGCUUCCACAGGAAGGCCCACCAGCUGAUCGCAGCCUCGGAUCACCUGAGGGAGAAGCUCUGCCAGCAGCACGACAAGCUGCUGCGGCUCUACUGCCUCAGCGACCAGCAGUGCGUGUGCUCCCAGUGCGUGAAAGAGAAACACAAAGGUCACGACACGGUGUCGGUGGGGGACGAGAGGGCCACCCAGCAGAAAAAACUCAGAGAUACCUCCUUAAAGUCCAUGCAGACGUUGAAGGACACAGAGAAGGACCUUAAAUAUGUCAUUCGAUACAUCAAGCACUCCACCGAUGCUGUGGAGGACGAGAGCGAGAGAAUUUUCUCCAAGUUGGUCCAGUCGAUUGAGAAACAUAGGGCGGAUGUGAAAGAGCUGCUCAGAUUCCAGGAGAAAGCGGUCAUCGGUCACGCUGAGGAGAUGCUGGAGAACAUCCAGAGAGAGAUGUCAGAGCUGAGGAGGACCAACGGGGAGCUGGAGAGGCUCUGUCACACGGAGGACCACCUCCUCUUCCUCCAGAACUGCAGGACUCUUCAUUUCCCCACAAACACCGUGGAGAUGCCAAACACGGAUGCUCUUACUUAUGUCAUGUACAAAAGUAUGAGAGGGACUCUGGUGGAUGUGCAGACCAGUCUGGAGGGAACACUUCACAAAGAAGUCACUCGUAUUUCUGACAAAGUGUCGUCGCUGAAGGAUGGCAGCAGUCAGAAUAUCCCAGACAAGAGUAAAGCUAAAGAACCGGAAAUUCAGUUCACUUCAGAGCCAAAGACGAGAGCCGACUUCCUGCAAUAUUACCACGACCUAACGCUGGACAUGAACACCGCCAACUCCUACCUGAGCCUCUCCGACGGCCGCAGAUCGGUGACCACCCGCGCCGAGCCUCAGCCGUACCCCGACCACCCCGACCGCUUCACCAGAUGGGCCCAGGUGCUGUGCAGGGCGGGGAUGGCCGGCCGCUGCUACUGGGAGGUGGAGUGGGCGGGAAAAGGCGGCGUCUCCAUCGGCGUGUGCUACAAAAACAUGAGCAGGAGCGGAGACGGGAGCGAGUGCAAGCUGGGGCACAACUCCAGGUCCUGGACUCUGGACUGCUCCGGCACGGCCUGCUCGUUCACGCACAACAAGGAGAGCGUGGCCGUCUCUGCUCCCUGUGGCAGGAGAAUCGGAGUGUUCUUGGACUUCAGGGGAGGGGCUUUGUCCUUCUACAACGUGUCAGAAUCCAUGGUUCUUCUCCACAAAGAGAAGGUCACGCUCACACAGCCCGUUUAUCCGGGGUUUUGGGUCGGGCUGGGCUCCACCUUAAAGCUGUGUGCACAUUAACGACUACUUUAAAAGCCCCCACCAUUUCAAAAAUGCCGGCUUUUAUUUCCAUAGCGACCACGUUAGGUUUUGGUCGCUGGCGGCUGACGGUCAGAUUGGCGUGAUUUUCAGAAGAAUCGGUGAAAGAAGAUUUUUGGAUUUCCUUGGCAACGGAGGUUUUUUGUUAGCCACGCCCACAUAUGUUCAUGUCAUUUCGAUUUAUGGCGUGUGUCAAGUUUUUUGAAGAUCGCUUGCACAGGUUUUCUUUUCCCAUUUUGCUGGGAAAUGUGAAACACCGCCGAAUGUCACUCGCAGCCACAAAAUGUGCACCGAGCCAAAGGUCCUGCAGCCAUCCAAUAAUAAUUUAAAACUUCCUUUGGAUGUCUCAGACCCGAGUGUUUUGGUUUCUCAGUGAAUUUCUAAAUAAUUUUUUAAUGUUAAUUAAUAAAAAUGAUCAUUUUUUCUUGUCACAUGAUA